CUAAGGCUUUGGUGUUUCUUUUUUGUAUCAGUCAAGAAUGAUAGAAUACAAUCGCGGUCUGUAAUGAAGUCGCAUUUUGGUCUUCUGAAGGAUUGGUUUUGAUUUUUUAUCAAUGGACUAGAACUAGAACAAGAUGACGAUAACGCUUGAUGGAAACAAUUUUUUCUACGCACAAAACAUCCUGACAGCAAGAAAGCGGAUCUCACUGCAAUCAUCUUGAUCUUCCAUGAGGAGCAAGCACUUUCUUAUAAGAGCACGGCAUUUUGUUUUUGAGCUUUUACAUUCUGAAUUUGAUCCUAGCGUCCAAGCAAAGCCGCAACUAACAAGCGUGAGCGUUAUAAUGUUCGUUUUCGUUCCACUUCGGUUUCUCCUAGCUGCAGCAAGCCACACAGUUCCGGGCUGUUUUGGCGCGGCUACUCACUUUCUCUCACCGAGUGGCAGUGGGGAGUCGCAUCUAUCGCAGAGGAGGGUCGCAGGAACUAAAACGACGCCAACUUUUGUGGCGAUCAAGGCAGGCGAUUUUGUCGAGCUCAACGGGUUGAAAAGGCAGCAGGACUUGAAUGGCUUGCGAGGCUUGGCACUGUAUGACCGUAAGCUGCUGAUCACUGACGGGAACGAGGACACUCUUUUUCGCACCAGCACGACGCGGACCUCAGGAGCCGGGGCUGCUGGAGUUGGUUAUCCACAAAUUUCCGGCUUGGAAGCGCAACCCUCGGCUUCGUCGACUGCGCCCGCCGUCUUUACCGCGCCAGCAGCUCCGCCGGCUGACGAUGCCGCGAGCACUCGCUGGGCCGUGCUGCUCUACAAUGGAGGCGACCAGCGCAUCGUGGCGAUCAAGCCGGACAAUUUGAAGCGGCUGGAUCUGACCAAAACUCCCAUGGACAGCGUCCUGUCCCCGGACUUGUUCAAUGGUUCCCCGUGCUCGAACUUGAAACACGGAGAGCUGAUAAACCAGUUUGUGGUGUCUCCGCGCGAGCAACUUAAGAAAUUCGACGACAAGGGUGACCACGAUGCUGCCAUGGAGAUCGACGAGCCGCGAGAAGAUCCUGUUCAGGAUCCUGAGCAAGCUCAAGUUUACAAGCAGGAGCGGUACUCCGGCGACUACUACCGUGACGUGUAUGACGUCGGCAUUGUGGUGGAUGAGAAGCUACCGGAUAGCGAAAAUGCGAUGACGAUCACGUGGGCGAUGAAGGUGUGGUGGUUUACCAAGCAAUCUUUUUCCUGGGAGGACCUGGAAGUGGUGGUGCUGGACUACAGCGGCUCGGUCUCUGUUUGUAGUUGGACCGGCAAGAUGACGCGACACAAAAACGUUGUCGACCACUACCGAAACACCAAAUACCACUUCUUACUUAAUCACCCGCGCCGGCGUGGGGACCCGAGCUUGCUGGCGGAAGUUCGGCGGGCGAUUGACGCCACUGAGAAGUUGCAGCAGAAAAAGAAGCAGGAGGCCGAGAACUCCGUUUUCCAGAGUCACGUGAUCGAAAUUGCGACCAUGAGCGCGCACAGCACCGAAGUGGAAAAGCGGCAGAAGGAAGCGCUUUUCGAGCGGUUCUCCGGGUACUACUUCCACCAGCACAACGGCUACAGCAACGACAGACAUUACCGCUUCGUGAAGCGCCGCGGUCGCGUGCUCCUCGAAUUCACGGAUUUCGGCGAGAUGAGGAGCAACUACUACAGGCUGAAUCUCGACACGGUGGAGUUCGUCGACUUCGCGAUCCAAAAGUGGCCGCCCGAAAUCACGGGAGGCAUGUCCUGGAUGCUGAACAAGUGGCCGACGCAUCGGGACGCGUUGUUCGCGAGCCACCUUGAGGAUGCUGUUGGGGGUGACGAACACGAAGAUGGCCCUUUUGCGUGCGCGGAACAAAAUCCGAUUGAACUGGUUCUGUCCCACGGCCCCGCGACCGAGGUGUUUCGCCGUGCCUUUCCGUAUGAGAAGGACAAAUUCGACGGUCGCAACAAGCCCAGCGCGGAUGACGCGAGAGCGGGGCGACAAGUUCCGGUCUGGAUUCCGUUCAGUGAACACUACCCGGGGGAAACGAGGCCGUGCGGCCAGACAAAGCCGAAGUACGAACAGAUUUCCCAUGACGUGGUGCUACACGUGUUACCGAACAAAAUCCUCAAAAUGUGGGAGUCAGUGCCGGUAAGCUUCGAAAAAAGAAACCAACCGCCGUACUACGAACUGCGAAGAGAUCCGGAUCCGAAAUACCGACUGGCGAUUCCGGAGUAAAGGGAUGAUGGAGUAUAUGUUUACGGUGGAAGCUUGUUGUCGUAACUGCUCGAGAACUCGAAGAGGGUUCGCCUUUGGCGCGGCCGAAAAAACCUAAUAUAAAUAAGACUUUUACACUCGAUUCCGUUUCCGUUGAGGUAAGACGAGGAGCAACGUCCCUAAAACUGAACAAGAUGAACACGUCAAUCAUAUAAUUCGCGCGUUCAGCCUAGGGGGCACGAAGUGUUGUUCA